CCGUCGACUUCGCUCUACCAGCAUCAUCCUCCCAUCAUCUCUUCCCAGAGGUUCUCCCCUGCCCCGGACUACAUCGACUCGAGACGGAGUUACCACCUUGCCGACGGAAGGCUUCCUCUGAGGGAGUCGACCGGCAAUAUUCAGCAGCAGCAGCACCAGCAGCAGCACCAGCACCACCAUGCUCCUCUUCCUACCUUGCCCCAGCGCCACCACAGCUAUCACGGACACAUGCCUCAGCAGCAGCAUCACAACCUGAGCGGCAUGCUCUCCUGCUACAACAGCCCCGUGAGCCUCUCGCCCACCAUGCAGCAGCCUCCUCCCAGCCACAGCGCCAACACCAUGCCUCCUGCUCCCAUGGUGCCCUCGCAGUCUUUUGACUGCCUCCAGCGUUCCCAGUCGGCCACGCAAAGGGACCACCACACGCCUCAGCUGCAUCGACCUCGCUACCACCAGCGCGCGAAGCCUAGGGUUGGCAUCAACCCUCUCUACUACUGGCCUGCGUUCCGCCAGUACCGCAACCGUCAGGCCCACAAGGAUACCCAGAAGGACAAGGGCGGCGUGUGGCGACGACCGGAGCUCGAGGAUGCCUUUGUGGACGCCGUUCUCCUGAUGCCUCACAUGGGGCGGCGCAAGUUCUCCAUGGGCGGAAAGCUCUACGGCCGCAACAUGCUCAUCAGCGAAUACAUCUUCGUCAUCUGCGUUGCUGUCCUCGGCAGCAAGGAGAUCUUCCGCAUCGACAACAGCAACGACAGCAUCGAGCAGAUGGGUCGCAAGCAGGUAUCGAGCCACAUGCAGGUCGUCAAGAAGUUCUUCGAGGACCUGCGAUGCUUCCACUUUCUCUUCCCCUCGGAGGAGAAGAAGGAGCCCGGCACGACAAACUCGGAUGACAUGUACGAGGAGGAGGAGCAGGAGUCGUUCAAGUCGAACCCCGUCCUGACGGCGCUCGCCGAGGGCCAGGUGCCCGAGGUCAAGCCCAACUACGAGUACUUCUCGCAGCUCCUGGCUCUCCAGUCCUCCAUCGCCGUGCGCCCCAAGACGGUCGAGAUCUUCGUCUCGUCUCCGGACGUCAAGAUACGCGACGACGUCGCCUACGACGUCAACGGCACCCCCCUGGACGUCCAGUCGUUCCCCCACCUGAACAAGUACAUGAACUGCGACGACACCCCCAACGUCCUCGGCAAGGACGUCCUCCUCCACGAGUACACCCGCUCCUUGGACCGCACCACCUCGGCGUGCGCCAAGUCCGCCACCCGCCGCUGGCAGAAGGAUGCGCCCGCCCUGUACGAAGGCCUGGAGCUGCCGCAGCGCGACGAGGACUGCCUCCUGCUCGAGAUGUCGACGACGAUCGACCUCCACGAGCACGCCAAGUUCCCGUCGGGCUCCGAGCUGACGGGCUUCGUCGAAGUGGCGCUGACGCAGCACGCCCUCCAGAACCACCGAUGGAAGUGCGUGACCAGGCUGACGCGCCCCGCGGAGCUCCACAGCGAGGACGGCAAGCCCGACGUGUACACCAACGAGAGCGGCAUCCACCGCCGCGGCUGCAGCGACGCCAGGCAUGACUGCGACUGCCACCUCCGCCUGCGCCAGGACAUACACGUCCCCUUCCCGGCGGUGGAAUGGGCCAGCAUCCUCAGCAUGGCGGUGCAGUACCCGGAUGCGGAGCACCAGAGCAGGAAGGACAAGCGCGGCAACGGUGCCGGCAGAAACCUGGACCGCGCCGGCAGCAAGCGCAAGAGGUCCGAGGACGAGGGCGACGCCGCCGCCUGGGCGCGCCGCGAGCCCACGGGAUCCGACCUCAUCUGCAAGGUGGCCAUGUACCAGGAGCUCUGGUCGUGUGCGCCCGACUCGGAGCGCUGGACGCGCCAGGCCAUCAUCUUCUGGCGCUUCAGCACCACCAACCAGUGGUACAAGUACAAUCCGGUCUUCCGCCCGGCGGGCACCACGUGGAGGUGGCUCACGGUCAACGACCCCAUGUCGCGCUACCACCAGCAGAAGGCGCUGGUCUACCCGUCGCCUCAGUCGUCGUCGACCGUCGUCAACAGGGACGCCAUCAUGUCGCCCACGCCCAGCGUGAGCCAGCACCUCACGGCAGCCAUGAAUGAGAACUUUGGUCAGGCCUGGGACGGCGGCGCGGGCAUGAGCCUGGCGUCGGCGGCCGGACCGGCGUCUGCGCCGACCAGCGGCAGCAUGGCCCUCUUCGACGGCUUCUCCAGCGGUCUCGCCACGCCGCCGCCCACGGCCUCCCUCCAAGGCUCGUACUCCACCCACGGCAGCUUCGACGCCGGCAGCGGCGCCGGUGGCUUCAUGGCGGCGGCAGCGGCGGCGGGCUCAACCGGCGGCAGCGCGGCCGACGGUCAGACAGCGGCGGCGGCAGCGGCGGCGGCAGCGGCGGCAGCAGCAGCGCAGAACCAGUCGUACUUUGACGGUGCCGCGGCCGCUGCAGCCGCGCCCAGCCACGUGGACAGCUUCUCCGACGUCAAACCCAUGAGCGCAGCGGCCGUGAACCCCUACAUGCCGACCGGUGUGACCGCCGGUCUCGAUCUCUCGAGCACGCUGGCCUACGACAACUCGCAGGACAGCCACCAGCAGCACCAGCAACAUCACCACCAUCAUCAUCAUCAUCAGCAGCAGCAGCCGCACCACCACCACCACCACCACCACCCCGCCGAUGCUACGGCAGGUGUCCAUGGCGGAUGGGACAUUGGCCCCCUGGACGAGUGGUCCGGCACGCCCACCGGGGUUUCAGUGCCGCAUACCCAUCACACUCCUGAGGCAUCUGCCGGAUGGGCUGCCGUUCCCAAGAUGGAGCAGCACCAGAGCCUGUGGAACCCUGUUCACUGGGCUACCGCUGACGGUCACGGCCACGCCACGACGGGUAGGGGCGAUACUACCAGCCCUCGACCUGCUAAGAGGAGAAGGGCUGAUGACAUGGUUCAUUCUGUUCCCGUGACGGCGGGGUGGUAG